AUGAACGGAUGGAUCCGCGCGACAGGCGGACAGCUGAAGACAAGCUUUCAUGACCCAGUUCUUCAGCUGCAAAGUUAUCAUGUAACUCUCUGUUCACCUUCGGCUGGUUGGGUUCGAGGCUGUCAAGGCAAUGGCUGCCGAAGGUCUGAUCCAAGGUAUCAGAUGUCGUGGCGUGUUCUCUCGCAUGCGUCGGACUUGCACACCAUCCGGAGGUCUGAGUUGACACGAAACUACGGGGCUGCUCAGAACUACCGGAGCAGCUACUGCGGUUUUCACAUGUGCAGGUCCGGCCGAGCUGUCUUUGACAUCGUUGCCAACUUGCAAAAUGGCCGAAAACUGGAGACGAAUGAAAGCCGUGCGGCGUCUACGUACGAUGGGCUGCCACUUGAAAUGAGUUGUUCAUGCGAUGCGUUGUCUUAUGUGAUCAGGUCAGACAUCCAUCCUGAUAAACAGGCUCCUAGGUUUCGUUUCACACCUGCGAAAGCUAUCCUUGUCAUCACAGCUUUGCCCUGCACACGGUUGUGGUUGCUCGGCACCAGACGCAUCAAGCUUUGGACGAAAUACUAG